AUGGCGGCGUCCUUGUGCAGGACCGCGCAAAAAGCGUUCCACUUUAAUGGGAUUAUAAAGAGCGUGGUAAGAGAUGUUUUCACAUUUCCUGACUCUGAUCUUUGAUUCUUUCAAGUAUAUUUAUAUUAUUACUUGUUUAUUAAUUUCUUUUGGUCAGUUUAACAUUGCAUCAGGGUCCAGUUCGGUUUUCUCCCCAUCACGGCAAGUUUCGAAUAUACACGCUACCGGUACGUAAAAACCGAUUUCAUAAAAUGGUACUCAGAGUAACUGCAUAAUACCCUGCCACUAAUUCGAAGCUAUAUCCCUGAAAGAGCUGGAUACGUGGAUACGCAGUUAUCCCUUUUAUAGACUUAACUUUUAAUUUCUACUUUGCUUUAAGAACGGCAAAUAGACAUACAAUAAACUUUAUAUGCGGUCUUAAGUGUACAUCGAAGUUGAUACGCGGAUACGCAGUGACUGUUCUGUAAAAGCUAUUUACUUCUGUGGAUACGCGGUUACAUAGUGACUGAGUAUCCACGUCACGUAUCCGCCUAUCCACUUAUCUUUAGGGGUUGCUUUAAAGUGGCAGGGUAUUCUGUAGUUAGUCAGGUAAUGUGGUGUCUAAUUUAAAUAUUAGAGCUUGCUGUACAGGGAUGUACACUUUUCAGGGGUGUCUGCUUUCUGCAGGGGUGAUGACCUUCUUACAGUAGUGUCUACAUGUACCUGCCACUAUAAAUUACAGGAUCGAUUGGAGUGUCCAUCUUUCAUAGGUGUCCAUCUUACAGGGUUCUGGGUAGUCUUCCUUACAGGGGUGUCCAACAACACAGAUCCACUAUGCAAAGGUGUCCAUAACAAAUUUGAAGAACUCACGAAUAUUAUCAGGGCAAUAUGGCUCAUAUUAUGUUUGUAAGUGAAACUAAAAUUGACUCUAGCUAUCCUAAUGCUCAAUUCCCAAUACCCAGUUACUCUCUGUAUCGCAAUGACGGGAAGAAAGGUGGCGGUGGGAUUUUGGCUUUAAUAUCCACGGCACUCUUGAAGAAGUUAUGUUAAUGCUAAAGGAAAGUGCACAGCAAGCCACUAAUUGGUACAACUCAAACCUUCUAGCCGGGAAUUUGAAGAAAUAUCAAACUAUGAACAUCGGACAUGGCCAAAGCGAUAAUAACACCACUCAAGUGAUCAGAUUAAACAGUCAUGAUAUUAGUAUAACUGACUCUCUCAAAUUGUUGGGGGUCACAAUAGAUUUUAAGCUGAAUUUUUCAGAGCACAUUAACAUGAUCUGUAAAAUUGCCAGUCAGAAAAUUGGCAUCCUUAUGAGACUCAGAAACUUGAUUCCUACAAAUGCUAAACUUAUGCUUUUCAGAACAGCAAUAUUGUCGCACCUUACAUAUUGCCACACCUUGUGUGGCACUUUUGUCGAGCCAGUGAUUCUCGUAAAAUCGAGCGGAUGCAAGAAAGGGGCCUGCGUGCUGUUUUUAGGAACAAUAUUAGCUACCCUGAACUUCUAAAAAGAGCAGAACUGCCAAGUUUACAGAACAGGAGACUACAAGACAUUUGUGUUUUUUAAAAUGUAUAAAGCCAAGAACAAUCUAUGUCCCCCCUAUAUCAGUGACAUUUUUAUUGAACAUAGAUCUAAGUAUAACUUAAGGCAGUCUGAUUUCUCGGCUGCCAGGUACAACACGGUAACAUAUGGCAAGCACUCCCUCCGCCACUUGGGGCCCAAUCGCUGGGGAAAAUUAUCUCCAGACUUGAGAGAAGUUACCACCUUAAAAUGUUUCAAAAACAAAAUACGUACAUUAGAUAUAGUUACACUAAUGGAUAAUGGAUGCAAGUGUUGUCAUCUCUGCAAUUCAUAGACAUAUUUUUCAUACUGUAAAUAUUGUUAAUGUCAUUAAUUUUUUUAUACCUGCGCUUAUAUGUAAAUACUUUAAUUUAUAUUUAUAUUUAUUUAUUUUAUGUCCCCUAAUUAGCAUAGGUUUUUAACCUAAGCUAGGAGGCUUCUUUAGCCACCUUAAUAAAGUUUCAUCAUCGUCAUCAUCACCAUCUAAAAUCAUACAGGGUUGUUUGCCCUCCUAUAGGGCUGUCCAUCAUAAUCUUAGAAUUGUAGCAGCAAAGUGAUCCUUAUGGCAAAGAGAAGAAGACAAAACAAACUAAGACCAAGACUGUUUGCUUUACUUUAUCUUUACUGUUUUAUUUGGUUUUGAAUUUCUCUUCACCACAAAGAUCAGUUCCCUAUUGUUUCUACAGUACUGUUGUACAUGUCUUUUUUUACAGAUUCAGAUAUUUUCAGAGAUCCAACCAACUUGAACUCACGGGUUACAGUUGUGUCUUUGUACUUCAAUCUUUAUAGUAUACCUGUUGUGAUUCAAUUUUAUCCUUGUUAUAAAAUUUAUUCCCCUUUGUUUUAAACUCAUUAUUAUAUAUUACCAUACCCUAAAACAAAGGGAAAUAAAUUUUAAACCAAGGAUAAAAUAGAACUGAACCAUACCAUAUCCACUGAAUUGGAGUGUCCACUCUUCAGGGACGUCCAUCUCACAAUUAGGAUAUUUAUCAUUAAGAUAUGUUCCUUUCUCAAAUGUCCAUCUUACUGGGGUGCUUACCUUGCCUUGUACCCAAGGGAGAGAUACUUAAGAAAAUUUUAUAUGAAAAGGCUGUUCCAGGAUCCAACCCCUAACUUUUACAUAUAUACCUGUUUCAAUAAAGGUUGCUUUGGGAAUCGUGCUUUGAUCUUCGAAAGCUAUUGUUUGGUGGUCACUCAAGCAAAGCAUUGCAUUGUAUUCUGUGUUUCAAUGACCAAAUCCCGUAGCAACCUUUAUUGAAAUAGGUGUAUACCAUUUCUGCCACAGAAGGUAUCACUUUCUUAUACUUUUAAUGGGGCUGCCUUUGGCAAAAUCUGAUCAAGAUCUGUUGUGUUGAAAAGACAAAGUGGCACACCAAUUAAUGUAACCUGAAGUCAUUUCAUGCCCUGCCCUCUCUCAGUGAAUAUGAUCAUUUGACUUUUGAGGGGAGGGAUGGGUGAUUUCUUAGCAUUGUGAUAAGAAACAAAACAGCCAGCAUUUUACAAUGCUAUUACUGUUUCUCUCUGAAAUGACGUCUGAGGAGCAAGUGCAAUUAUGAUGUUGUGUCACUACCCAGAUCUGGGUGGGGCUUCUGAUUGCUUAUACCGUGACUUCAAUUGGUGCUUCAAGCAGCCCAAUGUGUGCCUGUCAUAGUUAUCUUUGACUUGUUAGUAAAAAUGCACAUUUCUUCAUACUUUUCUUAAUACUUUUCUAUAAUUAUGCUAGAAAUGAAAUGUUAAAAUUAUAAAAAUUACUAGAGAACAUCAAGCGUUAAUGGAAAAGACUGUUUAACCAAAAUUUACCUAAUUACAUAGUUCACAUUAUCACAGGGGCCCUUUUUAAUGUCUAGCCUUUCAAAAAAUUAAGCUCAUUAAAUCCUACCCUUUCAAACACUUAAACUUGUAAACUCCUGAACCUUAAGUACAUUUGAAGACUGAAAGGGUACUCCUCCCUGCUGCAUAGGUCAUCAUUGGUAGUACCUCUUUGGGCAGGGCUUUCAACUUAACAGGGGGUCUAGCUUUCAAGGGUUUCAAUACAGAGGUUUCCUCUAUGCAGAAAUGUCCACCUUCCUAAAGAAGUGUCCACCAUACAGUACAGUGGUCACCAACAGAAAUAGGCAAAGCCUCAGAGGGAUGUUACCUUAUGGUCUUUGCCAUUAUACAUGCAUGUGACAUUUUUAUCUGUUGUUCUUAGGGAAGAAGCUGUGGCCUGAAUCCUCUGUAUUUUUCCCUGGUUUUAUUCAAAAAAGAAGCAUCACUCUACUUACAACUUUCAAGGUUAUUGAUAACAGUGCCCUUGGUCAGCGAGUCAAGAAGAAUCGCCAACCAUACUUAAUAGGAUUUUAUAGAAAAAGAAAGACCGCUGAUCCAGGAGAUGUAAUUCGAGUUGCAGUUGCUGGGAAGACAAACAAAGCCAUUGUUAUUGGCACCAGAAAGACAAAACAUCACACGGUUCCAAGAUAUGAUAACAACUGCAUUGUUCUUGUUGAUGAGAACCUUGCUCCCCUUGGAACACGCAUCAAGGGGCCAGUUCCUACAAUAUUACGAAGAAGGCAAGAUAAGUACUCAAAAGUUUUGGCUCUUGCUUCAAGGUUUAUCUAA